AUGUCCCUUAAUCAACCUGUUCAGCUUGACGAUUCCACUUCAGAGCAAAUACUAUCCAGUGUACCUUGGCGCUAUGGAAUCACUCCGUCCGGUAAACCUGCUCCUUAUCCGUGCUUCGUCUUGUCCGCCAUGCCCGAAAUCAUCACUAUACAUCAACAACCUCACCGCACGUUUAUUGUUACUCAGAGCGACUGGACGGCAAAUUUAGUUUCUUCCUGCGUAGUGUGGAGUACUUUUGAAUAUACCACUCUUCAAGCCCUCUCAGAUUGUCAGUUAUUAUUUGAAAACUACUCGAGCAUCAAUACCGAAAGAAAGACGUUGCAUCUUUUACAGCUUGACGCCAGGGCAUGGUUCUCAACCGCUAAUAUUUUGCGACCCACCAUGAAACUCAGACAGCAACUGGAAUCCGCCCUUUCGUUAUGGCCAAAGGAUAAAAACCGAGCUUGGGUGGCACUACAGCGUGUCUGGUCAGAUUUUGGCUACUUUUGGCCACGAAAAAUACAACUAGGUCAUCGCCUUCAUGUGCCAUGGCCGUUUGAAGUUCCUUAUGACCUUCCAGAUAAGUUGUAUCCGCUUCGAUUGGCCAAAGACGAAGCAUCCACUCGCAUUGAGUAUACAAUCAAUAGUGGGUAUCAGGACAUCCAUGACGAGCACACUGCAAAUCAACCGCAAAAGUGGACCAUCAUCAAAAGGAAUGAUUUAGAACCAAUUCAUAAUUUUUUACCCGCCUUUUUGCGAGAUCGGAUAGUGGACAUCGUACAGCAUAAAGCGAGCAGAAUACUCGUCAAUCGGCCGUUUAAACUACGCAAUUGUUAUACUGAAGGCUAUUUGUCUUGGAGGUUAUUACAACAAAGGAUAACGGAUCCGCCAGUGGUUCGGUUCGCAUCCAUACCAAAGGAGAUGGUAUCGAAUGGAAAACACAACGCUUUAUGGCGAUUUGUAUGGAGUGCUGAUCAUUCGCGCAUGGCUAGUCCAACCUUGGAUAUGAAUAAUAUAAAGAAGAUUACCGAUAAACAUUCCAUCAAAGGUGGUAGCCAAGUCUACCUUCAACCUGCUUUGAUGAACACCACUAGCAACGCUCAAUACUUACCUACAAACCGUCUGAUCCUUUCACGAAUUUUGACCGAUAUGCAGCCGUCUAUAAUCGGUGGAGUUGAGUUUAUUGACUCUCUGUCAUCAAUGGAUAUACCAAUUCCUGAAGGGGAAGAAGAUCCAAGACGUUGGACGCUAGAGUUACCUGGUCUCGACCUUGCUAGUACGGAUGAAGAUUUAAACAUAGACAUCAAACUACUCAAGAUGAAACCAAUACAAAAAAAUGAACUACUAGCUCUCCGGCAAGUUCUGUAUCUUUGUUCUGAACCAAAUGGAGCGGAAGUGCCCAUCGUGGGUGCAAACGGACUAACAGUAAGAAGGAAUUCUCAAAAAGCGCGAAAAAGUGGACCUUGGAAGACCGGAUCUCCCAAUAGUGAUCUUUGCAGUGUCAUGGUGAAGGAAUGGGAUAUGGUCAAGAACCCAUUGGAAAUGACUUGGGUGAUAGAACCUGUCCAAGAAGAAAAGGUGACAGUUGUUCCAAAAGCAAGCACGGUUCCCAGAGUGCUUUCAAAGCGAGGUGCGCGUCAUUCCAAAUCAACCCCCAAUUUGAGAAUACCCACGGGUGGGCAAAGUGCCAGUGUACCUGAUCUCAGCACCCCCAAUAACAACAGCAGAGCGCAGAGCUAUGAAGACUUGCUACAAACGGCGGUUGGACAAACCAUAGGCGAAGUGGAACAUUCCAAUCACUUUUCAGAUAGUGACCCAGAUAACGAUGGUUCAGACGAUGAUGACCGCUCAGGCUAUGCUGCACACAAGUUAUCCGUACGAGACAGGAAAGAAAGCCCGUACAGAGAACUUCUUGUAAAAGAGCGAAAACGCAAAACUUGGUCUAAUAUGAUCCGGAAUUCCAGUUUGAGAAAGCUUUCAACGUUAAUCGCGCCUGCUGCUACUCAUAAGUAG